AAGCGGCGCCAGAAGCUCGAGCGGGACCUCGCGCGGGAGGCGGCGCUCUUCGUGACGCUGGGCGCGCACCCGAACAUCGUCUCGCUCCGGCGCUUGAUCGUCUCCGACGAGGAGCGACUCUGCGUGCUCAUCGACCUGAGCGGCGAAAAUUUAGAACACCUCAUGCACGGCGGCCGGCGCGGCAAGUACGACGGCCCGCUCUACGAGGGGCUGGGCACCGCCGACGGCGACGACGGCGCGCCCGACGCCGCGGAGCGGCUCGCCAAGGGCCAGGCCCUGCUGGAGUCGGCGACGCUCCAGCUCUACUGCGGCCUCGACCACAUGCACCGCCACGGCGUCAUGCACCAGGACAUCAAGCCCGCGAACGUCAUGAUCCGGCGCGACGGCCUGGUGCAGAUCACGGACCUGGGGCUGUCGUCGCGGACGUUCUGGACGGACAGCGACCCCCACACGACCUACAAGGGGCGCACGCUCGCGGCCAAGUUCAUGGGGGGGUCCCGGGCCUACAUGUCGCCCGAGCAGCGCCGCAUCUUCGACGCGAGCCGCCGGGGCCCGCCGAAGCCGCGGUCGCUGAGCCGCCGCCUCGACGCGAGCGGCACGGCCGCGCCCCCCGCGGGGUCGCUGAUCACGCCGGCGACGAGCGAUUUGUGGGCCGUGGCCGUCGUCGUCCUCGAGAUGUUCGCCCAGUGCCAGCCGGACCAGUACUGGGGGCCCGUCGACGACGGCCGGCCGGGCGCGCUCGAGCGCGCCAUGCUCGCGAACUGCGUCGGCCGCGAGGCCGGCGCGCACGCCUGGGCCGCGCCCCGGGUCGCCGCCUGGGCGCGCGGCGCCCUGAGCGAGCCCGUCGCGGCGGCCAUAUCGCGGGCCAAGCUCGACGGCGCGCGGCUGUGCUCCACGCGCGGCCGCGACUUCAUGGCCGCGCUCGCGCAGCCCGACGCUGUGUGGAAACCAAAUCGCCCGACGGCCGGCCCUGCAAGCUCCUCGACGCGCUCAAGGUCGACACGGCCGUGA